UACAUUCUGGGCUGGGAACUUUUUGUUUUAUGAACCAUGAUCAUGGCUGGUUCCAUGAGAGUUGUUGUGACAUCCAUUUUCUUAGCUCUCCUCAUCGAAACAUCUACGUUCGAAUACGUUUGCGCUGCGAACCGGAAUGUGAGUUGCCAUGAAGUUGAGAGACAAGCUCUGUUGAAACUCAAGCAAGAUCUUAUAGAUCCUUCAGGUCGACUUGCCUCUUGGGGCAAUAACCUCAACUGUUGCAAUUGGAGUGGAGUUAUUUGUGAUAACUUAACUGGCGAUGUUAUUCAGCUUCGCCUGCGGAAUCCUUUAGAUCCCUACAACGGAUUUUAUAUUCCAAGUGAGGCUUACGCAAAGAUGUGGUUUUCAGGCAAGAUCAAUCCUUCUUUGUUGGAUUUAAAGCAUUUGAGGUACUUGGAUUUAAGUGGCAGUAAUUUUGGAGGAAUACAAAUUCCCGAGUUCCUUGGUUCCGUGCACACGCUAAGAUAUCUGAAUCUAUCUGCAGCAGGAUUUGGGGGAUUGGUUCCACCCCAACUUGGAAAUCUGACAAAUCUGCAUGUUCUUGAUCUCCAUGAUUUUUCAUCACUUGUGUAUGCUGAAAACCUUCAAUGGCUUUCCCAUCUUGUGAAGCUGAAACACCUUGAUCUUAGCAGUGUAGAUCUCAGCAAAGCCUCAGACUGGUUUCAAGUGACAAAUACACUCCCUUCUUUAGUAGAGAUUCACUUAUCAGGUUGCCAACUUCAUCGUCUUCCUCUACAAGCUGAUGUUAAUUUCUCAUCUCUCUCCAUACUUGAUCUCUCUUCCAAUUCCUUUAGUAACCCUUUGAUUCCUGGGUGGUUUUUUAAGCUCAACUCUUUGGUAUCCCUUGAUCUCAGCCAUAACAAUUUCCAAGGCCAACUCCCCCACGGUCUCCGAAACUUGAGCUCUCUUAGAUACCUCAAUCUAUAUUGGAACAAUUUUAACUCUUCAAUACCCUCUUGGCUUUAUGGUUUUACGAGUCUUGAAUUCCUAAACCUUGGGUCCAAUUAUUUCCAUGGUUCCAUCUCAAAUGGCUUUCAGAACUUAACCUCUCUCACUACACUUGACCUGUCGGACAAUGAACUUACAGGGGAUGUUCCAAACUCCAUGGGAAGUCUUUGCAGUUUGAAGAAGAUCAAACUCUCAGGUCUCCAUUUGAGUCGAGACUUAUCAGAAAUCUUACAAGCUUUAUCAUCACCAGGAUGCCUGUUAAACAGAUUAGAGUCUUUAUAUCUGGAUAGUUGUGAAAUUUUUGGCCAUUUGACUGAUCGGCUUCUACUAUUCAAAAACCUGGCAGACCUUUCCCUAUCCAGGAACUCAAUUUCUGGUUCAAUACCAGUUUCACUAGGAUUACUUGCAUCAUUGAGGACAUUGGACCUAUCUCAAAAUCGAGUGAAUGGGACUUUACCUGAAUCAAUAGGACAACUUUGGAAAAUGGAAAAACUAUGGCUGAGUCACAAUAUGUUAGAAGGUGUGGUUUCUGAAGUUCACUUUGCUAAUCUCACCAGGUUGCGCUUAUUUCAAGCAUCUGGAAAUCCUUUAGUUUUGGAAGCAAGUCCUGAAUGGGUUCCCCCAUUUCAACUCGGGGUAAUGGCUUUGUCAUCAUGGCAUUUAGGUCCGAAAUUCCCCUCCUGGCUUAGAUCCCAAAGGGAUUUUGUUUAUUUGGAUAUUUCUGUUACAGGAAUCAUAGAUACCAUUCCCAACUGGUUUUGGAAUUUGUCAACCAUAUAUUUUUCCUUGAAUCUUUCUCACAAUCAAAUCUAUGGGGAACUUCCUCAUCGCAUUGGAACUUCUCCUGUUGCUGAUCUUGUAUAUGUGGAUCUUAGUUUCAAUCACUUUGAUGGUCCUUUACCUUGUUUAUCCUCCAAGGUAAACACACUAGAUCUUUCAAAUAACUUGUUUUCCGGACCUAUUUCUAACCUGUUGUGUUCCAAAAUGGAGGAACCCUACUGGUUGGAAAUUCUUCACUUGGCAGACAAUCAUCUAUCAGGAGAAAUUCCUGAUUGCUGGAUGAAUUGGCCAAACUUGGUUUCGGUAGAUUUGGAAAACAAUAGUCUAUCUGGUGUUAUUCCAAGCUCCAUGGGAUCAUUGAACCUUCUUCAGUCGUUGCACCUCCGCAAGAACAACCUUUCCGGAGUUUUGCCCUCAUCACUGCAGAAUUGCACCAGUUUAUUAGCUAUUGACCUCGGUGAAAACCAUUUUGUGGGAAAUAUUCCUGGUUGGAUUGGUGAGAAACUCUCAGAUUCCAUUCUCAUCAGCCUUGGUUCAAAUAGGUUUCAAGGUCAGAUUCCUGAUAAUUUGUGUUCUUUGAGUUACUUGACAAUCUUGGACCUCGCACACAACAAUCUCUCAGGGACAAUACCAAAAUGUUUCAUGAACUUGAGCGCCAUGGCAGCAAAUCAGAACUCAAGUAACCCAAUUUCUUAUGCUUUUGGUCAUUUUGGGACCUCCUUGGAAACCCUGUUACUGAUGAUCAAAGGAAUAUUGCUUGAAUACAGUAGCACUCUUCAACUAGUAACAAGCAUGGACCUUUCAGACAAUAACUUAGCUGGUGAGAUCCCAGCAGGGAUGACUGAUCUUUUGGGCUUGCGGUUCUUGAACUUAUCGAACAACCAUUUGACAGGAAGAAUUCCCAAGAACAUAGGCAAUAUGAGGUUGCUAGAAUCUAUUGACUUAUCAAGGAACCAACUUAGAGGUGAGAUCCCUCCAAGCAUGUCAGCUUUAACAUUCUUGGGUUACUUGAACUUGUCAGAAAACAACCUGACUGGAAAAAUUCCUUCAAGCACUCAACUCCAAAGCUUCGACAUUUCCAGCUAUGACGGGAAUCAUCUAUGCGGGCCUCCAUUGUUGGAGAUUUGCAGCACAGAUGCCACAACAUCCGGUGACCAUAAUAAUAACGAGAAUAAUGAAGGUGAUGGAUUGGAAGUGGAUUGGUUAUGGUUUUAUGCAAGCAUGGCUUUUGGAUUUGUUGUGGGAUUUUGGGUUGUGAUGGGUCCUUUGUUGUUCAAUAAGUCAUGGCGAUUUCGUUAUUUUCGCAUACUGGAAAGAUUGGAAUACAAGAUCAGGAAUGGUCAUCACUAGAUGCAACCAUUUUCCUUUUCUAAACAUAGAAUAUGAGGAUUAUUAGGCAUUUUCUCUUGCCUUCUUCAUGUCUACUCUUUCUAAACACUGGAUUUCAUUCAUAUUUGAGUUUCAGUUCAUUUAUUUC